AUGUGGAUCAAGUCUGCGACGCUGAAAUGCACCGACUUGGCGGUCGUUUUGGGCUUGGGCACAUGGGGCGGCUUGUCGAGGAGAUGGCGUAGCUCGUCUCGAAACUCGAGGGGGAUGCGGUUGCGAGCAUCGCGGAGCUUCUUGGUCAGACCUGCUUCGGGCGGAGCAUGGGCGUACUUCUUGUGUAGGGCAGACUUGCGCACGGAGUCGAGCGACGGCCGCACGUCCAGACUCCUGCGGGAAGUGCCACGUGGAUGGAACGCAGUGGUGGCGAGCUUGGCGUUUUUGUACCCGCUGACGAACCGCACGACGUUGUCGCUGUUGCGGAUCGCGACGGAUUGGUACGAGGUGGCGGCUGAGAUGGACGAGUCGCGGGGAAGGGCCGCGAGGUUGGACUCACGGAGGAGCAAUGUCGACGGCGAAUCUGUAGAAAUGGCCGGAAUCGAGGCGAUGGCGUCGGCAGGAGUAGGUGCAGAUGUGUCGUCGUCGACGGGAAAACUUGGGCGGACACCGGCGAGCUCGAGGGUACUAGUACUGCUGCUGUCGCUGUUCAAGAGCAUGGUGGUGGGGGUGUCGGAAGUGGACGAGGGCGGUGGGAUGGAUGGAGCAUUUUCUCCCCGUGGAAAGGAAGAGCGAUGA